GGUCGCAGCACCGCCCUCAGGCCCAAUACAUACAUUUGUGGUUGAACACAGAAUGGCAAACGAUGGACAUCUUCGAGCCACCUAUAACGACAUACAUAUCGUGGGGAAAGCCAGCGAAAGAAUUGCCGCCGAAUUCAAACCGAACCUGAUCGUAGCGAUCGGUGAAGGCUUCUUUCCAGCUCGCAUCCUUAGGACAUUCCUGAAAGAGCCAUCGACCCAGAAGAACAUACCCAUUCAGGCCAUAGGCCUUUCCCUAUAUGAGGCUCUUCCUUCUACUACCGCCGAACAAAUUGGAAAGGAAGUAAUCCGAACACAAUGGCUGGGGGGCAAUUCCAAAAUUCUAUUAGGACGAAACGUACUCAUUGUAGACGAAAUCGAUGACUCCAGGCUGACUCUACAGUACGCAGUCUCCGAGCUACAAGCCGAUGUGGAUCGGUUACUUUCUGAGCUUCCUGAGCCUGAAAGAGAGAAAAAGAAGGCAACCUUCGGAAUCUUCGUGGUGCACAACAAAUUGAAGGAAAAAACCGGUAAACUUCCCCCAGGUAUUCCGUAUUUCGCCGGAGAGGAAGUUGAUGACAAGUGGUUUGAUUAUCCAUGGGAACAAAAGGACAUAUAUGCCCACGAUGCUUUGGUACCCCAAUCCAGAUUUCGGAGCUGAUCGCCUUAUCUUGAAAUAUCUUGUGCGGACUGCAGGCGGUUCGCAGUACAUGUCAUGUUACUCGUUUUG